AUGCAGCAAGGGCUCCGCAAGGAUAAACUGCAGGGCUGUGUGCCGCUGCUGUGGCCGUCUGUUGACAGCCUGAGUCCGACGCCUCUUGGACACCAAGAGCCGCGAGUCGUUGUUAACGCACCUGGCUUCAUUGUGUUGAUGAAGCCUGCUGGCUGGGAGACAGAUGUCUACGAUGUCUCAAAGCUUGGUGUGCCAAUCUCACCAGUCACACGGUUCUACCUUCUAUCAUCAUUCCUGGCAGCCAGUGGCACUGAGGAGCAGUUCCCGAUCUCGCGGUCUGCAGACAGUGGCUUUGGAUUCAUCCAUCGGCUCGACCAGAUGAGCUCCGGCCUGAUUCUCACCGCCACGUGCUUUUUGUACCAUGCGUUCCUUCAGUUCCAGAUGGCAACCUACCAGAUCGACAGG